GUUUCAGCUUGCGAAUCACAGUCUUUCCGCUAGGGUUUGGUUACAGGACCCCCGUAGAUGCUCAAAUCCCAUUAAAACCAUUAGCGUUAUAUAAUACGGUGAAAUCAAGGUUUUGCUUAUUGACAUUUCUAUACCAUUGGCCCAUGCUAAGCACUGGGGUUUGGUUCCAGGACACCCCCCCAUGGAUAACAAAAUCUGUGGAUGCUCAAUGCCCUUUAAAUUCAGUGGAGCAAUCAGAUAGUGUCCCUUAUAUAAAAAGGGCAAAACCCAGGUUUGCUUAUUGGAAUUCAAAUAUUUUCAAGCUGUGGACAAAAAAUCCAUGACCGACUGUAUUCUGGGAAUAUUUUCAGUCCAUGGGUGGUUGAAUCUGUGGAUAAAAAAAAAUCUGUGGAUACAGAGGGCAGACUAUGUGAUGCCAGCCCUUUCUCUUGAUAUGAUUGGCAGAAGAAAUUAAAAAAAUGUUCCUUUCACAAGGGUUUUCUGUAACAGAUAAAAUAAGAACGCUCUUGGAAGGCAAAGAUACUGGCUUUUAGGCAUGGCAGUUUCAGAAUUUUAGUUGUGUUCAUAGGCUUUUUUCCGGUUGCUGAACUGGAGGUUCUAGCGUCGCAUGGCCUUAAUCUAGUAUUGAUCAAGCAUGUGCCGUAGACAGGGAUGCCCUAGAGGACUGAAGAAAUUGUAAAGGCUUGUCCAGCCUUAGGGUGUUAAUGCUUGGGGAGCAGCCAUUAGCAGAUCCCUUUCUUUUCUAAUUGCUGGUUGUAAUUUGGGAGAUUUUCCUAUGGGGUGGGUCAUCUACUGGGAUGUUGGUCUUCAGCACCUUAUGAUUCUAGAUCCUAUCUCUGUAUAUUCCAUGAGUUCUUUGAACAAAGGGGUUGCUAAGGAGCUUUGUAUUUGUCAGAAUCCCUAUCACCCUUCUCUGAUCAGAAGCCCUCAUUCAGAAGGUAAUAUGAGCAGCUUCCCUCUAGUCUAGAUAGGGAUUCUGCUAUGUAGAUGUCAUUACCAAGUUAUGCCAUACUUCUGUAACUAGAGAUACGUUUCUUUUGAUUUUAGCCAAAGGAUUUGGGUCUGAUUGAGCCAUCCAAUAUUCAGAAGACUUCUAAUUUGAGUUUGGAGUUUCCUGCCUCUACAUACCAUGAGCCCAACUGAUUCCAAGCGUUGUGGUGCCAAGCGCAGGAAGAACAAGAAGACUACUGGUCUUGUUUCAUCAAAUCUAGUUGAUGAUUUGGAGGUGAAAUCUGUGGCCAGUCUUUCAACCAUCGCCUCUUCCACCCCAUCCCCAUCAACUUCUGUGGGUUUCUUACAGACAUCUGCCACUGCUUCUUAUCCUAGCACUGAAAAUGGUCUAUUAACAACUGACACAGCCACACCAUCCAUUUCCAGUGAAAGGAUGGGAAAGAGUGAAAUUCCCAAAAAACGCUGUGGAGGAACAAUUAAUUCUAGACAAACCCGCAAGCAAAGUAGAAUAACCACUUUAGUGGCUGACAGUGCUUCACAGGUAGAACCAAUUGAUCUUGAAGAAAAUCCUUGUGAAGAAGUAGUAGAUCUCACUUGUGAGUCUUCAGACCCAGUUGUAGUUGAUCUGACACACAAUGAUUCCAUUGUUAUAGUUGAAGAAAAUGCUUGUCAACAGCGAAACCAACAAUCAAGAAGCCAUCAGCUCCCUGACAGCUGUGUAUUAAGCAGUGAUGAUGAUGAACCAAGAGAUAAUGAUGUAGUUUUGACUAAUACAUUGCCCAGGGAAUUGGAAUUACCGGAAGAUGGAAUUUCAAAUACACGACGUUCAGGUACUGUGAGUUGCCCAAUUUGUAUGGAUGGAUACUCGGAAAUUGUGCAGAGUGGACGGCUCAUUGUAUCAACAAAGUGCGGUCAUGUUUUUUGUAGUCAGUGCCUCCGGGAUUCUCUAAAAAAUGUUAAUUCUUGCCCAACUUGUAGGAAGAAAUUGGGUUACAAACAGUAUCAUCCAAUUUAUAUAUGAAGCUUUAGAUUCUUUAAAGAAUCUGAAUUGAACUUUGAUGGGCUGCUUCAUAAACUUUUAAUACUGCAAACAAUAAAGGAUUACAAAUUAUAUGUAUGCCCAAUCGUGACACUUAUUUCUUUUCUGUUUUGCCUUUCUGCUGGUCUGUCCUACAUGCGAGCUUAUCUUUGUUUUGUUACUUAUGCUAGCAAGUUGGCUUUACAGUUAGUUUAUCAGGGUCAACAGCUCUUUGAAGGACUAUGCUGCAAGGAAAGCACCUGGUGUUGUCAUGCUACUUUUGAAGAAAUGGAAGGAGACCUUUCCAGAUGUCCUCCUCUUGAAGUGACAGUAUGAAUGUGUUAUGUUCUAUUCAUGGCUUUGAAGUCAUUAUGCUCACAAUAAUGCUAGCAAAAGUGACAAGCAGCUAGGAAACCUUUUAGUGCACUUCACUCUAUAAGAGUCAAAUCCAAUCUUAUAUGCUAUGGGAAGCUUUCCUCCUUGUGUAUGUGGACUUUUGAAUUUCCAAGGAGGUUGGACUUCAUAGCCAUAUUGAAAGCACGUUUUGCAUUGGUGCAAAAGACCAAGACUAUAUCUGUAAGACUGACUUUUUAGAACCUGAUCUCUUUGUUUACACAUACACCGAGAAGAAUAUGUUGGAACUGUCUUCUCCACUUUUGGGAGGAUGUGAGCUUAUGAUGUGGUGGAACAAGCUUACUUUGCCUGCCUCACAUAUUCGUAUUACAAUGUUAAAUAAUGUUUUGUUUUGAAAAAUAUUAACUCUUGAUACCGAUAACAUUAACAAGCUCAUAUUGCUGAUAAUAGGGUUUUCAUAAUUUGGGAAAUUGAUUCUGAAAAUAAUACAUUUUCUUCAUUAUAUCUUGGAACAAUACAACUUGAGUGGGUUUCUUAAAUAUGUAUGUUAGUUGCACUUUUUCCUGUAUGUGGGCAUAUUCUGAAAAUAGUGUAAGGGCACCUAAAGCCAUCAUUAUCAUGCUUGUCAUUUGACAAUGAUUACAGCACUAAAUUUUCAAGUAAUCAUUUUCAGAUUAGCUUCUCUCUUUUAUGUAUAAAGCUUAAUCUUCAUGGGAUUUCUAUAUACAGUUGCCCGUCCAAGUCCAAGGACUUGAAAAUCUGUGGAGGGGCAACCACCAUUAAUGGUAAUGGGGUGCAUGCCUGUGGUGCGCCCCCACAUGCAUGUGCCCCUUUCAAGUCUAUGCGGCUUGAAUAUGCGUGAGUUUUGGAACUCACGGGGGGAGGGGGGCGGAACAGAUCCCCCACAUUCCCAAGGGCCAACUGUGUACAUGGGGUGUGUCCAUAAGUCCAUUUUCUCAGCUUCCAGUUUUUGCUGUGUAGCAUAUAAUUGGAAGUUUUUGUGCCAGCCACAGCAGGUGAAAUGAAGCUGUGCAGCCAGUAUAGACAAAGCUCUGCAAGUCCUGUCAGCAAUAUAUUGAAAAAACAGGGAACCUUUACUUACAUUAGCAUCCAGUAAGUAAUCCAUACACAUAACUGUGAAGGUUAAUGUUUAUUAAUCAAUUUAGAUGGCAUCUCUUAUAUAAUUCAAACAUUCCCUUUCACUACAUUGUGUUGUGGUAAGAGCUUUAAAUUGACUAUUUGUCCAUUAUUAAAGUUUUAGAUGUGUCCCAAUCAUUUGGAUUACAGAAACUAUAAAGUCUUGUUCAAGAAUUUAAUAUUCAUAAAAUGUAUAGAUACAGGAGUCACCGCUUUUGGCCUUGAUAUGAAAGUAGCUACCUAAAAAUUCAGAUUUUCACUGAUGUCGCAAGUCUUUGAACACUUUUUGACCUUGUCACAAAUGCUGUACUAGAAAGAGUUCUGCAUGUUACUGGGAGUUGCAACUAGAUUAACAAUCUACAUGAUUGGUCCUGCCAAACUUGUGUUGUUUAGAUGCAGCACUUGGUGUUUACAGAUAAGCAGCUCCCAUACUAAUACAAAAUUUUUUAAAGUUCCUACAGUUGUUUCAUGGGAUUUUAAAAAUGCUUUGUGUGGGUUUUUAACCACCUUAGUGGAACUGUCUCAGUAGUAAGGAUACUUGUGUUGUUACAUAACAAAAUGCUAAACUAUGCUGAAUUGUACUUUUUGGAAUCAUAUCCUGACAACUGGAAAUAACAUUCCAGAAACCCAGAAAUUCACCCACUCAACAUUACUGAAAGGCUGAAAUCCAAUACAUUAUUACUUGAGUAAGUUCCAUUGAACCCAGAGAAGCUUGCUUUUGAUUAAUUCUGCAUAAAGUCAGAAUUUAUAAAUGAAAUAUUAUACUUAGGAAGGUGGUAUACAUUUUGUUCAUGUAACUUUAUUAUAAUUUUUUAUUGGUAUAUAUUUGAAUGAGACAUUUACCAAACCAUUUUUGUUAGCUUUUGAAAAUGGUAUUAGCUUGCAGGCACCCAGUUUUGAUAAUUUUUAAAUAGCUUAUAUUGGGUUGGAUCCAGAUUUAGGUGUGAAACAUACCAGCAUAAAAAGCUGGCUUCCAGGCAUCUUGGGAGUGUGGUGUACAGAUGACACACACCCCCAAGAUGCCCAGAAGCCAGCGUCAAGCCACCCAGCUGCCUGGACGUGGAACGGCUUCUGGGUGCUCUGUUGACACGCCGUUUAUACGCUGCUGGAGCAUCUUAAAGCUAGCUUCCUGCCGCAGCAGGGAGAAAGAGAUUGCUUUUUGCUGGUACUAAAAGAAGCAGCUCUUGCCCUCUUUCAGCCAGCAAAAAGGCAGAUUGGAGCCGAGGUGUGUGUUUUCACGGCCCCAAUCCGCCUUCAGAAGGGGUGGCCUGUUUCACCCCUUUCUCAUGCUUAGAAUUUUAGAGUAGUGAGACUUAAGUUAGUCAUGACUAGCAUUAGACAUUGUCUUUAGUGGGUUGACUUGGAAUAUGACUAAAUCUGGAUCUAACUCAUUGGCUGUAUUUGGACUUGAUAUUAAUGGCUCUGUUAGCCAUUAGGGCUGAAGGGCGGGGUAUAAAUGCCAUAAUAAAUAAAUAAAUAAAUAAUGUUUUAGAAUUACAUGAAUAGGCCUCAAACAUUGGUGCUAUCCUGUCUUCAGUGAAGCUGCCAGGAGAUCAGAAAGUUUACCUUCCAAUUUUAGUUAACUAUAGCAUAGUACUAUAUUUGAACACUGUGAUUAGUGUUACAGUGUGUCUGCGCCAUUUGCGGGUGCACAAUACGCGGCUUCCAGUUCAUGUGGAAGCUGAGUGACUAUUAAAAUAAUGGUGUAUGCGCUGAUUUUCCCUUAUACAGGGGGAUCUGGAAUGGAUCCCCUGCAUAAGUGAAAUGAUCAUACAUGGGAAGAGAGAAAUGCAGACACUUUAAACCUCAUGCAUGCAGUGCCUAAAUUACAACGUAAUGGUGCAUCCAUAUCUGACCAUCUUCAAAAUAAGAUAUAAAACCCCUUUUGAAUUUAUUUUCAAAGCAAAUGAUACUAGUAACGCUUAUUAAGCUGGUGCAUGAAUUUAAGAAUAUAGGGACAAAUUUCAGUUUGUAACUUCCCCAUUGUAAAUGUGUAGCUUUCAUUCUUUUUACUUAUUUAAAUGCAUCUGUUUAUGUGUAUAUCAGAUUUCUUUUUGGCAUCUUAAUUAGGCAAAUAAAUUUUAUUGAUGAUA